AUGUCAUCUACUCCUGUAGAAGAACCAAAAAAAGAAGAACAAGACGGCUGUAAACUCGAAUUCAACAUCUUCGGUGAAUUUUUGGAUGAUAUUGAACACGAAAAUGCUGGAAUUCUAAAUUCAAAUAAACCAGCGACUGAAAAAGAUAUUGAUUCAUUGAUCAAAUUUAUUGGUGGAUUCCAAUAUUGGCCACUUCUGAAUGAAGAUUGCAAAAUAGAAGUAGUCAAAUAUUUGGAUUAUCCAUCGAGAUGUAAAUUGGAGAGAUGCUCGAGAGCAGAUUACGAAGCAGUUGGAAAGACGCCGAUUGAAGUUUACAGUGUCGCAAUUAUUGAAAACGAGACAAUUCAUUCUUCUCUGAGUAAGGAACAAUUCGACAACGUGACAGUUUGUGUCCAGUUCGAUCACGACUACAACUCUGAAAAACGAUUCGAAUUGAUCUUUUCUCAACUUGGAGAUGACACAGAAGUCCGAUGGCUUCAAUUAAAUCCGAGAAAUCGUCUGGAAAGCAGGAAUUUGAUUUUGAAAUCAUGCAAUUACUACGUAGAAGCUGUGAAAUUUGGAGAAAAAUGGAUGAAGAAAGGAAAUUAUGAGAUGAAAGAGCUCAAUAUCGUGAUGACAAACUAUCCAUUUGAAAUAAGUCAAAUCAAGUUUUUGCCACGUUGCAAAAGUAUUUCUAUUGCUGCAAAUGACAUGGAGAUGAUCCGUUGGUGGUUUCAGAAAAUUCCUGAUCAACUUGAAAAUCUUCAUAUUACCACUAAGUUUGACAAGAAAAGAGAAACUUGGGCAAUUCCAAGUGAAUUUCUCAAUGCUCCACAAAUCAUGCUGACUCCUGUGUUGUAUUUCUGUAGUAGUGUUGCGUUCACUGAUGAACAAUUUCUCAAUUUGAAAGCCAAUAAUAUUAGUUUCGACUGUGUAAAUAUCACUGAGGAUGGAAUUAAUCAAUACAUCAAGAAAUGGGUCAGUGGAAAAGGUGUUGAGAAUUUCAAGAGAGCUCUACUGUGGUCGAAUGAAAAUUACGAUGAAUCAGCAAUCACACAUGGAUUGGAAUUGAGACCAUGGGAUAGUGAUUUUGAAGAGGAAGCAGCCGGAUUCUGUUGGGGCUUCAACACCCGAUUUUUUAGAGGAACAUGCUACCAAAUUUACAGUAAAAUAGAUCCAUAUGAAAGUCUGACUCUGCGUAUGUCUGAUGAUUGUGUAUCUAUUUAUAAAACUGGACGGAGGGCUGAACGGAACGGAAAAACUUAUUCUUACUACUCGAUGCCAUAA